UCCUUCAUAAGUGCUCCCACUGACAGUCACUCCUCUGCAGCAGUGUGGUGGAUCAGCAGGCAGCUUCUUCACUAUGGGACUCACCAGCGACCCAAACUUCCAAAAACUUGAGCAAUGGUACAAGGCCAACGCCGCCAGCCUCAGCAUGAGGCAGAUGUUUGAGGCUGACCAGCAACGAUUCAGCAAGUUCAGUGUAACGCUGAAGACAGACGAUGGGGACGUUCUUCUGGACUACUCCAAGAACCUCAUCAACGACGAGGUUAUGAAGAUGCUGAUUGAGCUGGCGAAGUCCAGAGGUGUGGAGGCCGCUCGUGAUAAGAUGUUCUCCGGCGAGAAGAUCAACUUCACUGAGGGUCGUGCUGUACUCCAUGUUGCUCUAAGAAACCGUUCUAACACCCCCAUUACAGUGGAUGGCAAAGACGUCAUGCCUGAGGUCAACAAGGUCCUGGACAAAAUGAAGGGCUUUUGCCAUAAAGUGCGUAGUGGAGAGUGGAAAGGUUACACAGGGAAAUCCAUCACUGACGUAGUAAACGUGGGCAUCGGAGGAUCUGACCUGGGUCCCCUGAUGGUGACAGAGGCACUGAAGCCCUACUCCAAAGACGGACCUCGGGUUUGGUUCGUCUCAAACAUCGAUGGAACACACAUCGCCAAGACACUGGCACAGCUCAACGCUGAAACCACGCUCUUCAUCAUCGCCUCCAAGACAUUCACCACCCAGGAGACCAUCACCAAUGCAGAGUCUGCAAAGGAGUGGUUCCUAGAGGCUGCAAAAGACAAAUCUGCUGUUGCCAAACAUUUUGUCGCCCUUUCCACCAAUGGUCCCAAAGUGAAGGACUUCGGCAUCGACACAGAGAACAUGUUUGAGUUCUGGGAUUGGGUUGGUGGACGCUACUCCUUGUGGUCAGCAAUUGGACUGUCCAUUGCUCUGCACAUUGGCUUUGAGAACUUUGAAAAGCUGUUGGCUGGAGCACACUGGAUGGACACUCAUUUCCGCACGGCUCCACUGGAUCAGAACGCACCUGUUCUGCUGGCCAUGCUGGGCAUCUGGUACAUCAACUUCUUCCAAAUGGAAACGCACUGCCUGCUGCCCUACGACCAGUACAUGCACCGCUUCGCUGCUUACUUCCAGCAGGGCGACAUGGAAUCCAAUGGUAAAUACAUUACCAAUCACGGCACCCGUGUCAACUACCACACCGGACCCAUCGUCUGGGGAGAGCCUGGAACUAACGGACAGCACGCUUUCUACCAGCUCAUCCACCAAGGAACCAGGACAGUCCCUUCUGAUUUCCUCAUCCCAGCCCAGUCUCAACACCCAAUCAGGAACAACCUGCACCAUAAGAUCCUGAUCGCCAACUUCUUGGCCCAGACAGAAGCCAUGAUGAAGGGAAAGACGACAGAGGAGGCGAAGAAGGAGCUGGAGGCUGGAGGACUGAGUGGAGAGAAACUGGACAAGAUAUUACCACACAAAGUAUUCCUGGGAAAUAAGCCGACAAAUUCUAUUAUCUUCAAGAAGCUGACGCCGUACACUCUCGGAGUGCUCAUUGCCAUGUACGAGCAUAAGAUCUUCAUCCAGGGAGUCAUGUGGGAGAUCAACAGCUUUGACCAGUGGGGGGUGGAGUUAGGGAAACAGCUGGCCAAAAAGAUUGAACCCGAACUGCAGGACAAGACUGAGGUCAGCUCUCAUGACUCCUCUACAAACGGCCUCAUCAAUUUUAUCAAGAAGAACUUUGCUUAGACAUACACACACACCCCAAAACAUGCUUCACAGGCCCCCUGCACCGACCCCCCUGCCCCCCCAGGGCCCUCUGGGACGUCUGAAGCCUUCCAGUAGAUUCUGUGUAAAAACAACCCACACAAAAACAAACAGCACUUUGAUUUUUUAUUCUUUAAAUGUGGAAAAUAGUUGCAAAUCAGUACAAUACCUCAACACAGAAACUUCACUAGCUUGAAAAAAGAAGUGUGGAGUACAUAGUAAUAACCUGCAUGUUUGAAUAAUCAAUUACAAUUGAAGCAUUACUUAUAACAUUAAUUCUGCAUAAUUUACAGUACCAGUUAAAUGUUUUUUUUCUAUUGUAAAUUUUAUAUUGAAGAUAUUAAAGCUGUUCAGAGGAACAUGUGCAGAAUAAUUCUGAAAACAAAAAGUGUUAAACAAACCAGAAUAUGUUUUAUACUUUAGAUUCUUCUAAGUAGCACAUUUAUGUUUGGGAACAGAUCUGCACACUCUUGGUAUUUUAAUCUCAGUGUCUUCACGAGGGAGAGUCCGCUGGAAUAGUUUUAUCAGCGUCUUGAAGGAGUUCCUGGAGGUGCUGAACAAUAGCUGCUGCUUUUCCUUCAUGCUGUGAAGCUCAUCCUCAUCCCAAAUAAAUAACCUCAAAUCCACCAUCUCAGUUCAUCAGGUUUAGAUAAGGAAAUUGUGGAGGACAAACCACAGUGUAGAAAAUAAAAAGAAAAGAGAAAUGAAGAAAAACA